AUGGGUCAAAGAGCGGAAGGCCAAGAAAACUACUGGGACAAGGAACCGGAUAUUCCCGUUCACGCUUCCGUAUUCGAUAUCUCCGAGCAGCCGUUCUCUGCCAUCAACCCUACACUGCUCCCGGAUUCGUUCGCGGAUGCGCAAGACAUGUAA